AUGCAUUACACAAUCAUCCUUCAACGUUUUGAUGAUGGUGAUCCGAACAUUAAACAUCGUCCCAUAAAGAGUAAACACGAAGAUCAUUUUGGAAAGCGGAAGCCUGCUCCUACGGUCACAUUUAUGAGGUGGAUCAUUGUGGUUUUCCUCAUUGAGGUGAUUUCUGCCAUAUGCCCACCGCAAUGUAUUUGUCGAGGAGACUCAAUGUCGUGCAGCUCAUUAAACGAGGACCAACUAUCCGUACUAAAUUUCCAUUUAUCUUCGGCAGAAUGGAGCGGUUUGAAGGAGUUGUCUAUUCACGAGACUCCUUCACUUUCCAUUGAUCAUAUUCCAAAGUUGAAUUUCCUCGAAAUAUUUGAUAUAAGUAACAAUGGAUUUAAUGAUGACGUAUGGUUACACACUAACGCAAUAUUCCCUCUUGUACGUAAGGUGAUCCUGGAAAACAACAAUUUCACGCGCGCCGAUCGUAGAUUGCUGACUCCUUUUCCUAGACUAGAGGAGAUUCAUUUAGGUUAUAAUCAAAUAUCCUACAUCGGAUAUGACUCAUUGAGGAUGCCACAAAUACGUAGCGUACGAUUGAACGAUAACCGAAUACAGAGCAUUGGUAUGCAUGCUUUUCGAUUCAUACCACAAUUGUACGAUGUCGAUCUAAGUGGGAAUCUGAUUGAACGAUUUAUCAUGAGUGAGUUUUCCACAGCAACAUCCUUACGAUAUUUGAAUGUAAGCCGGAAUAAGAUCCGUAGUGUAGAGUGUGACUCGAUUACACCAAUGCUUUCUCUCGAAAUACUCGAUCUCAGCUCAAACAAUCUCAGUCAACUACCCGGAAUAGAACUACGAAGUAUGGAAAGUUUAAGAUCCUUAAUUCUUUCCCAAAAUCCAAUCCAAGUGGUUGAAGAGGGUCAAAUUCGACUCGAUAGUCUACAGAUGUUGGAUUUAUCCUCAAGCGCAGUUCGUGCAGUUGAGGCAGGAUCAUUUUCAAGAUUACCACGUCUUCAUUCUGUUAUUUUUGCUAACUGUCGAGAACUGAUUUUUGUGUCCCCUGCGGCAUUCGAAAAUAUCAGCAUAUUCAGUUUGGACUUAUCCGGAACCGGUGUUAAAACACUGCCUCUCUCGCUUUUAUCCAGUGUAGCAAGGAUCCGUAUUUCUAACGUUCCUCUGGAUUGUGGCUGCUUAUCCGAACAGUUGACUAAUAUAGCAACUACCACAAUAACAGAUUGGAGCAAUUCGACAUGUUUAACACGAAAAGGAGAGAUUUUAAGCAUUCCCAGCCUUUCACCAUUAGAUUUAGCCAGCACUGAACAAUGUCGACCUAGUGUUAUUCUUCCAUUCGGCGAAGAAAUGACCGCUAAUGUUGGACAAACAUUCAAAAUCUACUGCGCAGGAUCAGAUGAAGAUGACAUAGUCAAGUGGAAGACACCUCACGGAAUAGUGGAACUUGCAAGCCGUCCAGAGUUCUCUUCCGGAUUUCAACGUCUUGAUUAUUUCACGACCACAUUGUUUGAACCGCUUAAAAAGCAACGUUUACGAAAACGAACACUUGCUACAACGGAGUUUUUCAGGAUUGACGUUGUAUUGAACUCUGACGCAGGUGACUACGAAUGUACUGUACAGCGUGGAAAGUACACUUUUUCGAGAAAGAUACGUCUUAUCGUUCGAGUCCCUGACAUACAACUAAAGGUCACACACGUUGGAGUAUCAUCUGUACAUCUCGCUUGGAAUCAGAAUAUUGAGGUUCAAGCUGUAGAUCGAGUUGCUCUUCAAGUGAAUUCGACAAGUGCAUCUGAUUUUAAACGUGUAGUUCUCCUAUCACUACACAAUAUCUAUUGCAGUUACAAUCUUAUAAAUCUACUUCCGGAUAGAGCCUACACAAUUUGUCUUCGAUGGUCACUUACCGAUGAUGGUACAGACAUCUAUAGUACAUGUCUUUCGGAACGUACACAAAAAAGUCGUUCAUUUAUGGAAGAUUUAGGUGUAGAAGGAAUAGUAGUAAUGAGUACUAUUUUCGCACUAUUGUUUAUAUUCUUCUGUGGAAAAUGGACCUAUAACCGGUAUCACGUCUACCUGAGAGCAAGACAGCAAUCGAAGAUGAUACAGUCGGUUUCGGGACAAUCAGUGUUAAGCCAGAGAAGCAGUGAUGAGGCUAUAACAUUCGAAAAUCACCAACUACAGAUGUGCCCGUCUUUCUGUGACAGAGAUAACAUGGCGAAUGGACCGCUGUUAAUUAACGUCACAUAG